AUGUCGGGGCAAGCACACCAAGCUCCAUUCGCCCUACUCCACGUCAUCCUCGUCAUCGUCUCCUUCCGAGCUGGAGGUGUUUGCGCGAGAACAUUGACCAUCACGAACCACUGCGGGCACACGGUGUGGCCGGGCAUCCUGUCCGGCGCGGGCUCGCCGGCGCUCGAAACCACGGGCUUCGCCCUAGAACCGGGCCAGUCAAGGUCGCUGCCGGCGCCGCACGGGUGGUCGGGCCGUCUCUGGGGCCGCACGCACUGCUCCGUCGACGCCGAAGGGAGGUUCGCCUGCGUCACGGGCAACUGCGGCUCCGGCCGGCUGGACUGCGCUGGCCACGGCGCCAAACCGCCCGCCACGCUGGCCGAGUUCACCUUCGACGGCCACGAAGGCCUCGACUUCUACGACGUCAGCCUCGUGGACGGGUACAACCUGCCGAUGCUGGUGGAGCCGCACGCACCGCACGGCGGCGGUGGGGGCGCCAACUGCCUGCUGACGGGGUGCGUGAUGGACCUCAACGCCGCGUGCCCCGCCGAGCUGGGGGUCCGGGACGCCGCCGCCGGUGGCGCCGCCGUGGCGUGCAAGAGCGCAUGCGAGGCGUUCGGGACCGCGGAGCACUGCUGCCACGGGGAGCACGGGAACCCCGACGCGUGCUGGCCGACGGCAUACUCGCAGUUCUUCAAGAAGUCGUGCCCGCGGGCCUACAGCUACGCGUACGACGACGCCACCUCCACCUUCACCUGCGCCGGCGGCGGCACGUCGUACGCCAUCACGUUCUGCCCGAGCACGACAAGUGUGAAAUCGGUAGGAACAGAUCCGCAAGUACGAGCGGCCGUCGGUGGCGGGCGAGUGGCGUCGUCGUCGUGGCGCACCAUGCCGUCCAUUAUUGAAUCCAGCCUUGCCUUCCUCGGCGUCGCCAUGGCGGCGCUUUCGUAUGUCUUUUAA